AGGCGCUCUGGGGAGUUAUGGUUCUUUCAAUGUUCUGGCACAGCUGCUGCCGCUCGCCGGCUCCCCUCUCCAUCGCAACCUACACCCUGGACUCCGACUCCGGAGAUCACGAGGCUUGGUUGCCUCUUGGGAAUUUUCCUCGAGUUGCCACUUUUCUCUUUUGUUUCUUCUGGUAGUUUAUUACGCACACCCAAGAACAACUGCUCCCGAGAAAAACCCAGACGGAGGAGAAGGUGGCUUGACGGCUUUAGCCGGAAGUGGCGAACCCGGAAGUAAAAGUGAUCAGGUGUCUAUAGGGCUGAAAUCCUAGUGGAUCCCAGAAGGUUCCCUCGCUUUUUUUCCCUAUGGGAUCACUCCAUAUGCCGCGUUAUACUGUGUGGCUUACACGUGCUGCUCUCGUGUGGGCUUAGUAUCACUACCCACUUGCCGAGGCUGAGCGUUCCUUCCAGAGUAUCAGCUUACUCUUGUUACUGUGGAGGGUGAUGGAGAAGACUUGCUAUGCUCAGAGUUAUGUGCUGUACCUGUAGGAAACUUGGAAAACACUGAGAAGUAAGAAAAAAAGAAAGCAAGCAAAAAGUAUCCUUAAUCCCACAACUAGAGAUCGUCAUAACAUUUUGAUGCUGAGAUGAAUCGUCACCUGUAUGUUUGGCUUUGUAGACAUCCAUCUCUUCAUGGUCACCACCAGUGCCAUGUCCAUCUCCGUUCUCAUCGGCUUACACAGACACAUCUGGACACAAGGCCAGGGGCUUUGAGACAAGACAGGAAUCACCUUCUCUGUCGUCUGUUAAAUAAGAGCUGGUCCAGGAGAUACUGUCAUCAAGAUACCAGGAUGCAGUGGAGACAUAAAGCACUACAGAAAUAUAUGGAGGACCUGAGUAAGGAGUACCAGACACUUGAUCGUUGUUUGCAGCACAUCUCUGCGCCUGAAGGGGACCGAAGGUCCUUGAAUCGACGGCAUGCGGAGCUGGCACCACUUGCCAUCAUUUACAAGGAAAUUCAGGAGGCUGAACAAGCCAUUGAAGAAUUAGAAUCAAUGUGUAAAAGUCUAAAUAAACAGGAUGAAAAGCAGUUACAAGAACUUGCAUUGGAAGAAAAGCGAACUAUUGCUCAAAAAAUCAACAUGUUAUACCAUGAGCUUUUCCGGAGUCUAGUGCCAAAGGAGAAAUAUGACAAAAACGAGGUUAUUUUAGAGGUGACAUCUGGAAGAACUACUGGAGGUGAUAUCUGUCAACAGUUUACCCGGGAAAUAUUUGAUAUGUACCAGAAUUAUUCAAGCUACAAACACUGGACUUUUGAACUUCUGAAUUAUACACCUGCUGAUUAUGGUGGGCUACAUCAUGCAGCCGCCCGAAUUUCCGGUGCCAAUGUCUAUAAGCACUUGAAGUAUGAAGGUGGGAUUCACCGAGUUCAGCGGAUCCCUGAGGUGGGCCUGUCGUCAAGGAUGCAACGCAUUCACACAGGCACGAUGUCAGUUAUUGUGCUGCCUCAACCAGAUGAGGUAGAUGUGAAAGUGGAUCCCAAGGAUUUGCGAAUAGAUACUUUUCGAGCCAAAGGAGCAGGAGGACAGCAUGUUAAUACAACCGAUAGUGCCGUCAGACUCGUCCAUGUCCCCACAGGACUUGUAGUAGAAUGCCAACAAGAACGAUCACAGAUAAAAAAUAAAGAAAUAGCUUUGCGCGUGUUGAGAGCUAGACUCUACCAGCAGAUUAUUGAGAAAGAGAAGUGUCAACAACAAAGUGCUAGGAAACUGCAGGUGGGAACAAGAGCCCAGUCAGAGAGAAUCCGGACCUAUAACUUCACCCAGGAUAGAGUCACUGACCACAGGAUAGCAUAUGAAGUUCGUAAUAUCAAGGAAUUUUUAUGUGGGGAGAAGUGUCUGGAUCUGCUAAUUCAGAGACUGCUUCAAACAGCGGAUGAAGAAGCCAUUACUGAAUUUUUGGAUGAAAACCUUAAAUCAGCAAAAUAAAUGCUGAUUUGUUAUUUAUUAUAUAAAUGAAAUGGACCUAUGUCAAGAAGCGGACUGAGGCAUGGACAUCUUUAUGAACGCUCAUAAAGUACAGCUAAAAAACUCACUACUCACAAAAUAUUUUUUAAUGAAUCAAGUCCCAUUUCUAUUUUCCUGUACAGGACAGUCCAACUCUUCAAGUAGAAAUGAAGCAUGCAUCAUUGAAAAAAAGACAUAAAGUAUUAAGAAUUGA